GUAUGAAAAAAAAAAUCACACUUUUGGUUGCUACAAAGGAUGAAGUAUAUCUGGCAGUGGAAGGGUUAAUCCCCUCAUUCCCUUUCCCUCCUAUUCCGCCGUCUAAAACCAAGUCUAGUCAGGAUUCGCAGCUAUCCUUCCUUUAUAGCGUCACAUGCUUACUGGGCUGAACCAACGUGGACGUUUCAGGGGGGAGUAUGGAUUUCCUGACUGGUUGCUUCCAGGCAGAAGUGCAGCUGCUCCAGACAAGAGAAGGGUUAAAGUUGUGAAGGAUGCGCGGAGCCAAAUACCUAUAGCACAGGCAGAAGGCAAGCACUGAAAGUGCGCGGCUCCAUCAGAGAGGAAGUCAGGCACGGAACUCAGACACUGCUUAGAGUAAAGCUGCAGAGAACGGAUCUUCUUGACACAAUGGCUACAUUUAUUAUCGGGGGGCGGCCUGCUGGGAAGACACGACCAACUGCAACCCAAUGGGAUGAUGAAUAAGAGGAAGCGUAUCCUUUACUCUACUCCAGAGAUCCUGCUAUGUAGCCCAGCCCGGUCCAGCAGGGGUAAACAACACGUAAAGCAAAGCAGCCGGCUGGACUGGGUAACACAACAAGCGCCGCUGCGGACACAGAGGAGAAUUGAACUUGAAUGACAAGUCGGUAGCACUGUGUUGGUAUCUCCCGGUGCAGGUGCAAAGACCCGGCGCGUUGUGCGGCUUGAUAUGUACGAUUCUACCCCAGUCUGCCAGAUGGACGAGGAGGAGAGACCGAGAGAUAAGCUUCCGCCAAUCCUGUGCGCAGGCAGCGCAACCUCUAGGGGAAUGGAUAGAGGAGCCAAGGGGCAGUUUUCCACAUUCAGCAAUUUCAUUUCGACUAUCAACCAGAAGAAAGAAGCUGCUGGGAACAGAAACUCACCUACUCAGAUGGUUUUACCGAAUAACAAAAAUGUCAGAGACCUUCCCCCAAUUUGCCUUGAUGUCAGACAGAAGCAGUGCAUUUCUAUUGACACACUGCCGCCAGAGAUGAAGGCCUCCAUCCUCCCUGAACCUCAAAUUCCCAUACGCAACAAAACUCUGAAGGACUUUCAAGUGGAUUUGGAAAAAGCAAAAUUGACAGGAGAAUGGAGGACAGUACAUGAAUUUUAUUUAACAACAUUUGAUUCAUUUUUGGAAUUAAAUGCUACAUUUAAGAGAGAUGUCAAUUCUUUUGUUAACACCAUUGAGGACUCCAGAAUCAAUACAAAAUUUCUGAAUGCUGUGUAUGACACCUUAUUAUCAACUUCUCAAGAUAUCCAGAAAAUCGUUCUUAAAAGAAUUAUUAACAGCCUGUUAAGAGAAUGGAAAGGGCCAAGAACCAAAGAUGACGUAAGAGCUUACUUUAUUCUAACACAGAAUCCACAGUUCAGUAGUACAUCUACUUACGUCAUCUACGCCCAUUUGCUAAGGCAGAUCGCCACACUUUCCGACGCUGACCACCAUUUUCUAAUUCACUGGUUUAAAAAGAUGUCGCAGAAGCGAUUCAAGCAGUUGGUGGACAGACUUCUGCAGUUCAUUUCAUUACGGCUCUUUCCGGCAAAGCCAGAAGAAUUCCCACCCUUGGCAAAAUGUACAUGGUGGAUUUCCUCUGCAACCAAAGUUCUCGCUUUACUAGAUGCUGCUAAUACCCUUUGUAACCCACCUCUGAUCCCUUACACUGAUUUUUAUAACUCCACUUUGGAUCAUAUUGAUCUCAUGGAGGAAUAUCAGACGUGGCAGUUUUAUGGAAACUCUCACAGAUUCUCUUUCUGUCAGUUCCCAUUCAUCAUAUCUAUUGCUGCCAAAAAAGUCAUAAUACAGCGAGAUUCUGAGCAACAAAUGAUCAGUAUAGCGCGGCAAAGCCUUGUGGACAAAGUUUCUCGACGGCAAAAACCUGACAUGAACAUGCUGUUCUUGAAUAUCAAAGUGAGAAGACUUCAGUUAGUCAGCGAUUCACUUGAUGAGCUUACCAGAAAAAGGGCCGAUCUGAAGAAAAAGCUGAAGGUCACAUUUGUGGGGGAGGCUGGCCUUGACAUGGGUGGCCUUACCAAAGAGUGGUUUCUCUUGCUCAUCAGACAGAUUUUCCACCCAGACUAUGGCAUGUUUACAUAUCACAAAGAUUCCAAUUGCCACUGGUUUAGCAGCUUUAAGUGCGACAACUAUUCAGAAUUUCGACUAGUUGGUACCUUGAUGGGUCUUGCUGUGUAUAACAGCAUCACCUUAGAUAUCCGCUUUCCGAAAUGCUGUUACAAGAAGCUGCUGAGUCCUCCUGUUGUUCCUUGUGACCAGAACAUGCCUGUCGGCAUUGCACCUGUCACUCUUGAUGACUUGUACCAGAUCAUGCCAGAGCUGGCUCAUGGCUUAAAUGAGCUUCUCUCUUACGAUGGUAAUGUGGAAGAAGAUUUUUUUUCAACAUUUCAGGUUUUUCAGGAAGAAUUUGGAACCAUUAAAUCAUACAAUCUCAAGCUCGGCGGAGAUAAAAUACCAGUAACCAAUCAGAACAGAAAAGAGUACGUCCAACUUUAUAUAGACUUUCUCCUCAACAAGUCUAUCUACAAACAGUUUUCAGCAUUCUAUUAUGGAUUUCACAGUGUUUGCGCUUCCAACGCAUUAAUGUUGCUUUGUCCAGAAGAGGUGGAAAUUCUUGUUUGUGGAAGUCCUGAAUUAGACGUGCACGCGCUCCAGAGAAGCACCCAGUACGGUGGCUAUUUAAAAACAGAUGUCACUGUGAGAUACUUCUGGGAUGUUGUUCUUGGAUUCCCCCUUGAGCUCCAAAAGAAGUUGCUACACUUUGCUACAGGAAGUGAUAGAGUACCAGUGGGAGGGAUGGCAGAUUUAAAUUUCAAGAUUUCAAAGAGUGAGACUCCCACUAACUGGUUGCCUAUAGCACACACUUGUUUUAACCAGCUUUGCCUGCCUCCAUACAAGACAAAGAAGGAACUAAAGCAGAAGCUGACAAUUGCGAUUUCAAAUGCUGAAGGAUUUGGCCUACAGUAGGAUUGUGCAGGCUCUGCUAAAGAAUUGAAGGUUUCUUGAUUCCUCCGUCAUUUAAUUUAUUUUUGUACUACUUUGCACUGAGAGCAGCAGAGCA